AUACGCUAUGGUAUACAGGCGUUCGAAGAAUAUAUGGAUAUCUGGCAUGCGGAAAUGAUUUCGCGCGACGAAAUGGUGGCUCAGGAGCGCAGACGCAGUGCAGCAAGCAACAUGCGUUUCGCAUAUCUUGCUCGAUUUUAG